AUGAACAAAGAACAACAAUUCUCGGUCCUCGGUCCGGAUGAUCGCCCCGAGACUCUUGGCGCUCCCAAGUUGCGUUCAUUGUCAGGAUCAAGGUUCUUCCUAGUUGCGUUGACGAAGCAGAAUUCAGGCCACGUAUAUAGAUAUACCAUCAUAUCCGUAAAAAAACACCUCCCAAGUGGAGAAACAAUCGUGCAAGAUUCUGAACAAUAUGGACAUUAUAAAGCUGUUUUCCAGUAUUAUUCGCCCCUGACACGUCUCCUCCGCAAGAUAACUGGUACCAAAGUCUCAUUAUUUUCUACGACCGUCGCCCGAAUUGGACGUUUUGACAGUGUCAUCAAAGUAUCAUCAAAUAGUCCGACAUCUCUUCUCAGCAGCCUUUAUGGUCGCAGGCGCUUCUCCAUCUCAAGUCUUUGUAAUCCUCGACCGUAUGCCUGUCCUGUAACGCACUCCGGUCACUUCAGGCCGACAAUCGUCGUGUCCCCUUGCGAAUAUCCCGUGAUAGUCUGCUUCAAUGGAGGAAAGGAUGAUCUCCACGCGGCUUCCUCUCGUGUCUGGAUUUGGGAUACUACAAGACUGCUGCCGGAUCCAGAGAGCACUCCCAGUCCGAGUCUUUCGAGUCGUGGGAUGGACCGGCCAUCUUCGACAAAUAAUAACACGGAUUUGGCUGUCGCAGCAGUAAACGACGACCUGGCACUCAGAACGCUAGACUCCUCGAAGGUCUGGAAUUGUCCGCAAAUCAGUAUUGCUGAGCUCGGUGGUGUCGAAAUCAGGCCGCUUUUUGUCUGUUGGCGUGUUUGUGUCUCUUCCGAGGGCGUUCUUUGUCAGUUGACCAACGCCCUCGGUAGCGGAUCUUGUUCCUCGUUCCCGGACGAUCGAUUGUUUCCUGCCAUCCGGUCUACGAACAUGAGUCUUGGCUCCUCAGAUCCAGCUUUAACCGCCGUUAAUUCAAUUUCCGAAGAUCCUUUGUUAUGA